ACCACGACGACGACGACGACGACGGCUCCUUUUGUGUCGUCUCCUUCACAGUCUCGGUCUCAGUCUGACAAAAAUUGUAGGAGAGUUUGGUUGUGCUAAAAAGGAUAGAGCUCGUCGUUCGGUGAUAGAUAGUGAUACAGUUUUGUACAUGGAUGUGUAUAUGUGCGCGCCAUAGAAGUGGAUAUAAAAAAGAAUAGCCUAAAGAAGUGGCAUCGUUCGCCGCCAGAGUGCAUCAUCUUCCUCUCCCCCCUUAUGAUAUAUAAAAUCCCCUUGUUUAAGUGAAGUUUAGUCAAAACUUAUAACAACUUGACUAAAACAAAAAAGAAAGAAUAAACGGUGAAAAUGCAUAAUUUCUGUAAAUACAAUUCGCGAAAAUGGACGAAAAGUGAACUGAAGUGACAUAAUCUUGUAAAUCUCAAUUCAAAGGUGGCGUUUAUUUGUUUGAAACAAAAACAAAAAGAAAUAAAAACUUACACUGGUCCUUUUUUCUUUUGAUUUGAUUGUUGUAACUUGUAACGAAAAAUUUAACCAAAAAUUGAAAAGAUAAAAGAGGAAUACCUACUUAAGAAGAAAAAAAAACCUCCCACUCUACCUACAACAUACACAUAAUUUUUGUUUAAUGAUUUAUGACUUCAGUUCUGAUGUGUGUCGUGGUCGUUGUUGUUUUCUUAUUCGUUAUUUUGUUUUGCACUGCAUUCUUGUGUUAAUGUAUGAUUUUAGUUUGUUAAUUAUUUUCUUUAAUGAUGGAUCGUCGUGCCUAUAAAUUCAUUUCGAAAAGAACGGAUAUUGAGACAGAACCGAACACAGCCAAUACCUAUUUACCUUCGCAGCCUCUCAAAGAUAACUCAAAUAUACGUAUCAUAAAAAUUGUCAAUUCAGAGACAACUCAUACAUCAGUAGAAAACUCAUUAGGAGAAACAAAAACUCAACAGCAACAACAGCAGGAUCAACAAAUCCAACAACAGCAACAACAAACCCAGCAACCGCAGCAAUCACAACUUAAUCAGAAAACACCAGAGAGACCUCUAAAGUGUCUGGAAACGUUGGCGCAAAAGGCUGGAAUAACAUUUGAUGAAAAAUACGAUUUGCCACCAACAACAUCCCAGCAGCAACAACCACAACAACAGCAGCAACAACAACAGCAGCAACAACAACAACUGCAGCAGCAGCAGCAACACCAACAACAACAGCAUCAUCAUCAACAACAACAGCAACAUCUUCAACAACAACAACAACAUAAUCAUCAUCAUCAACAGACUAUCAUUACGAUGGAAAAAUCUCAGAGCCCAGCCCAAGUCUCGGGACCCCUUCAAAUAUCACCCGAGCAGUUGCAGCAAUUACAACAGCUGCAACUACAGCAUGCCUCUUCGUUCAUCCAAGUCAAACAAGAAUUUCCCACCCACAAUAAUUCCGAGUUGAAACAUCAAAUGAUGGAACAAGCCAGCCAAGGACAGAUGCAACAAAUGCAAGUCAUAGAGGGAUCACCCAGCAGUCCGCAUCAGCCUCCGUCCUCGAUGGCAAAUCAGCAACAUUCUACUACAAUAAGUACAAUGUCACCGAUGCAGCUUUCAGCCGGACAAGUGUCUGAUUGGGGGCAUGGUCGCACUGUUCAACUGAUGCAGCCAUCACUAUCCAAUUCGGGCUUUCUUCAGCAACUCUAUCCACCCCAGGUGCUGAUGUCCGGUAGCUUGAUACAUUCGGGAUUGGGCCAACAGCCGAUUCAACUGAUUGCAGCAAGUAAGCCCUUCCCAGGUGGUGGCCCCCAAAUGAUAACUGCCACCGCCCAGAAUAAACAAAUGCUGGGCGGUAAUACUGGUUUCAGUGGAACCUACAUGCCGGCUAGCCAAUCACCUCAGACACUGCUUUUUAGCCCUGUCAAUGUUAUCAGUUCACAGCCGCAGCAACAACAACAAAAUAUAAUACAAACAAUGACGACACAGGGCAAUAAACAACAGCAGCAAGAUGGACAGAAAAAUUUGCAACAGAAAGUUGUGCAAAAAGUGACUACAACUAAUUCUGUACAAGGAGGACAAGGCAUGACUGGACAGGGCAACGGAAACCAACAGUCUUCCCAACAAUGUGUUCAAGUAUCGCAGCCAAUGUCAACGACACAGAUAAUUGGGCCAUUGCAUCAUGCCGGAGGUCAACAAAUGCAAAUAGCCGCCCCUUGGAUGCAAAGCAUGCCACCCUACACAUGGAGCAAUGGCCUUCAACAACCUGCCCUGCUGGCACAGAAUCCGAUAAUAAUUCGGGGCACUCAGCCAGACGGCACACAGGGAAUGUUUAUCCAGCAACCAACAACGCACCAGACAAUACAAACUCAACAACCCAAUCAAACCCUAACACUUCAAUGUAAUGUUACUCAAACUCAAAACAAACCCAAACAACAACAACAGCAGCAAACAACUCAAAGCCAGCAACAACAGCAACAACAACAACACCAACAACAAGUGCAAAGGGCCCAACAGAUCCUACCACAAAAUGGUCCACAAAUACGGCCAGCUAGUUCGGUAUCCACUCAAACUGCACAAAAUCAAAACCUUAUCAAGCAAAAGAUACGAAACAAACAACAGCCCGUUCGACCAGCAUUGCCGGCAAUGAAAACAGAAGUAGGCACCCAGAAUAAGACUACCGGCAUGCAUCAGCUCGCACCACAGCAGAUGCAUCAAGUUGUUACUUCAGCGGGCAAUAAAAUGGUUGUGAUGAGCGGUACACCAAUAACAAUACAAAAUGGACAGACAUUGGCACAGGCUGCUCAACAACAAGCUGCACAACAGCAAGUCGAUAAACAACAGCAAUUGCAGAUGCAGCAAAUCAAGCAGCAACAACAACAGCAGCAACAGCAGCAGCAGCAACAAGCUCUUCUCCAACAACAGUUGAUUAUGCAACAGAACUCAAAUCAGCAAUUACUUCAACAACAAAUUGCCCAGCAAAUUCAACUGCAACAGCAGCAGCAACAAGUGCAAUCGGGCCAACAGCAAAUCCAACUACAAGUAUCCCAGCCCUAUAUAACACAGCAACAACAACAGCAACAAAUUCAAAACCAGUUGAUACAGCAACAACACCAACAACAGCUUCAGCAGCAACAACAACAGCAGCAGCAACAACAGCAACAGCAACGAGAGCAGCAUUCGGCGGGAAUAAUUCAUCAAAUUGUUGUUCAACAGUCCCCGAAUUCUCAACAACAACAACAGCAGCAGCAACAACAACAAACACAACAACAGCAGCAGCAGCAACAACAACAAGCCCAGCACCAACAACAGCAACAACACCAACAACAAGUUCAAGCUGCACACCAACAUCAGCAGUCUCAAGCUGCGCACCAGCAAGCUCAGCAGCAGCAACAACAACAAGCUCAGCAGCAACAACAACAAGCUCAGCAACAACAGCAACAGCAGGCUCAGCAGCAGCAACAACAGGCUCAGCAGCAGCAGCAACAACAAGCUCAGCAACAACAUGCACAGCAGCAGCUAGCACAACAACAAGCGCAACAACAAGCCCAACAACAAGCCCAGCAACAAGCUCAACAGCAACAUCACGCAAACGUUCAACAGCAGAUUACAGCAGUACCCUUUUCAGUGUCAUCGUCGACAUCUAAUAAUGUCCAACAUGUUACGUACCAAUCCAAGACGACGUCCUUGCCAUCAACUGCAGUUGUAACAAUUUCCACCCAAGCCGGACCCGUUGUCUCGAGUACAGUGGGCUUAGCCCAGACAUCUCCAAUGUCUGUGAAUGCAAUGUCAACAUCACUUCAAUCUGGCAUGGUAGUUACCAGUGUUCCAUCGCCAUCACAUCAGCAAAUUGCCACAUCUCCAUCGCAGAAUCCGAUUCUUGCAAUGGCAUCCAUGAAUCCCAGCCUAAUGCCAUCUGCAGUUGCAUCAGCAACAUCUGGUCUUUCAUCGCCCAUUCCACCCAGUACACCAACAAAACAAUCCUCGCCAACUGGUGCAGAAUCCUCCAAGACACCACAACAUCAAACUAACGGUAGUUCACCGUCCACACCUAGUACAACACAAUCUACUACUACCCAUACCGAUGCUGCAACACAACUAAGUACACCACAAAGUAGCGCUGUUGAAAGUAAAGAGGGCGUCAAAGAUGAACUAUUAAAAUCUCCUGUGAAUAGCGAAGCCCUAAACGCAGCGCCUGCUGAAUCGGUUAAUGGCGAAUCUAUUCCAAUGGAUACAACACCAUCGAUACAACCUGGCGAGAAAACACCUACGAAAGCUUCUGCAGGCAUGAAAUCUCCAAGUGUCAACGAUAAGAAACAAGACACUGAUUUAACUAAACCACAGCCAACAACACCAGAUGAAACUGUUACAACAAAAUCAACUCCAGUUAACACACCGAAAGCUGCUGCCGGAGCGACUACAAUCAAAGCCGAGAAAGAUCUACCCAAAGCAAUGAUCAAACCGAAUGUUCUAACUCACGUCAUCGAAGGUUUUAUAAUUCAGGAGGCUAAUGAACCGUUUGCAGUAACACGUCAACGAUACUCAGACAAGGAUCAAUCUGACGAACCUCCAAAAAAAAAACAAGCUAUGGAAGAGUCUAUCCAAUCGUCAAACUGUCUUCCAGCAGAUAUGAUCGAAUGCGAAACUUGCGGCAAGCCCGAACACAAAUCCAAGCUGAAAAAGAAACGUUUCUGUUCACCAAACUGUGCCAGACAACGAAAGUCAUCACUCAGCGAACAAAAUUCCGAUGUUGCUUCAAUGCCAGCCUUGCCCAGUCCGAAUUCCGAAUUGAACACUUCUGUUAAAUUAGGAAUAGAAUGUGCGCCGAGUGUGGAGAAACCGCUACCAAUGGAAAUAAGUUACCCAAUUCCCAAUAAUGCAGUUACUCCUACAGUUUCCGCCCUGGAAGCGGCUGCGGCGGAGGAACCACCACAGAUGGUCAAUUGGACAGUGUCCGAUGUGUGUGAAUUUAUCAAGAGUCUGCCUGGCUGCAGCGACUAUGUCGAUGACUUCGAACAGCAAGAAAUCGAUGGCCAAGCUCUACUGCUGCUGAAAGAGAAUCAUUUGGUGAAUGCCAUGGGCAUGAAACUAGGACCGGCACUGAAAAUUGUCGCUAAAGUUGAGUCCAUGAAGGAAACAACUGGUGCUGAAAAGGAACAGCAAUAAACUCCGCCACCACCGUCCUUCUAGGAUACUUGUAAAUAAGAAGCAAAUGUUGUUGUAUAGUUUUAUUGUUUUUUUUUUAUUAUUAUUUAUUCUACCGCUAAAAAGUUAUUAUAUCCGGGAUGUAAAUAGUAUUAUAUAAUUGCUCAAGAGUUAGGGAGAAGUGUUAGUUUCAUUUCGAUAUAUUUUUAUUCUAAAAUUAAACAAACAAAAAAGUCUAUUUAUGAUUAAUUCAGCAAUCGACCUUUGCUUAUCAUAGUUUAACAUUUAAUUUAGUUUAUAAAUGCAAUGCAUUUAAAAGGAAAAACAAAGUAUCAUUAGGUAUAUUAUGGUAUAAUUUCGUAGUUUUUGUAAGACAAUGUAAAUUUACGAAAUUUUAAAACGGAUACGAAGAAAAACAUUAUGUCGUUCAACAUUUAAUAUUAUAAAAUUUAAAAUGAUAAUUACUUUUAAGAACUUCAAUAAAAACAGAGAAGAAGCUAAGGCUUAAUAUUAUACAUACAAAUUAAA